GCUUCUCUAAAUAGAAUGUAUUGUAAUCUUUUCUCAGUCCAACGUGGUUCCUUCAGAGAGACUGCUGCACAUUUUAUACACUUGUUUGUUUUAUGAGGAGUCGGCAAGAGUGAUGAACUCAGAGCAGGAAAGGCCGUACGUGUGCAGCGCUCCUGGCUGUUCUCAGCGGUUCCCCACCGAAGACCAUCUGAUGAUCCACCGACACAAGCAUGAGAUGACCCUGAAGUUCCCCUCCAUAAAGAACGACAACAUGCUAUCGGACCAGACGCCCACCCCAACACGCUUCCUGAAGAACUGUGAGGAGGUGGGGCUGUUCAGCGAGCUGGACUGCUCCAUCGAGCAGGAGUUCCGCAAGGCCCAGGAGGAAGAAGACAACAAACAGAACAUUUCCUUGCAUGGCCAGCCAGGCCAACACCAGCAGUCUCACUCCCGGAUGGCUAACCACGACAGCAGCAUUGUGAUCCAGCAGGCCCUGCCCUCGCCCCAGUCCAGCUCCGUCAUCACCCAGGCCCCCUCCACCAACAGACAGAUCGGGCCUGUCCCUGGCUCGCUGUCCUCACUACUGCACCUACGGAACAGACAGAGACAGCCACUGCCAGCGUCUAUGCCUGGCACCCUGCCAGACCCCACCAUGCCCGGCUCCUCAGCUGUACUGAUGCCCAUGGAGAGGCACAUGUCCAUGGGCUCCAGCAUGAUGAGUAUGCAGGGUCCAGCCCACAGCACAUCCUGCUCCUCCACGCACGUGCCCUCCAUGCACUCAGAGGCCAAACUGAGGCUGAAAGCUGCACUCGCGCACCACCCGGGAACCAUCGCCAACGGCAACAUGAACACCAUGGGUCACAUGAUGGACAUGAUGUCAUCGCGGCAGGAGCAAGGGGGCCACCACCACAUGCACUCCCACCCUCACCAGCACAUGCAGGGCCCCCCCCACGGCUACCAGCACCACGCCCACCACCACCACAGCCACCCCCAGGGGCACGGCCAAGGAGGGCACCAUCACCACCCCCAGGGACACAACCCCCACCACAACUCCCACCAGCCUCACCUCCACCCCGGCCACCCGCACCAGACCUCCCCCCACCAUGGGAUGCACUCCGGAGGAUCACAGAUGUCCCCGGCGGCACAGCAGAUGCAGCCCACGCAAACCCUGCAGUCUCCACCCCCGAGCGGCGGGCGCCGCAGACGGGUGGUGGACGAGGAUCCCGAUGAGCGGCGACGGAAGUUUCUGGAGAGGAACCGGGCGGCGGCCACGCGGUGCCGACAGAAGAGGAAAGUGUGGGUGAUAUCCCUGGAGAAGAAAGCUGAGGAGCUCACCCAGACCAACAUGCAGCUCCAGAACGAGGUGACCAUGCUGAAGACAGAGGUGACUCAGCUGAAGCAGCUACUCCUCACACACAAGGACUGUCCCAUCACCACUAUGCAGAAAGAUUCCCAAGGUUACCUCAGUCCAGAGAGCAGUCCGGCGAGCAGCCCUGGAGCCCCUGCGUGCUCCCAGCAACAGGUCAUCCAGCACAACACCAUCACCACCUCCACCACAGCAGUAGGGGGCGGCGGUGUGCACGGCCAGCCCAACCACCGCACAGACAUCAACCCCAUCCACUAGAGACGAGGGACCAGAGAGACUCGCCCCCCCCCCCCCCCCCCCCCAUCUCCCCCUCGAGGCUGUCGUUCGGCCAUGCGCUGCCUCCUCCUUCAGGACCCAUCAAGGGAAAACCUCGGAAGCCUGCGAGGCUGCUCUUUAUACAGUAGCUAUGUAUUUUUAUAGACCUUAUUAACUCAUUAAUGUCCGUUUUUUGUCUGUUUGUUCGUUCGUUUUGUUUUUUUUGUCUUCCGAGUUGUCCUGUCUACUUUGUAUACUGCGUUGGUUGUCAUUCGUAUUUAGCUAAAAAGGGAGUUCGGCUGAUUGCGCAGCGUUAACCCGCGUGACCCUGCUGUUGUUGUUGUCGCGUAAUACCUCCGGUACUAAACGAUAAGGCGUCCGAGCUGGUGAAACCACGGCGAGAGCUCGAGCAUCAGAACGCUGACCUUCCGUGACCCCGCCCCACCCCUCCGCCACGUACUCCUCUGUGUGGCUGAAGCAUGGCUAUCCGACACCCAGUAUGUGUCAGACGCGCUGAUCCCAACGUGUGUGACGGUCUUCUGACUGUUUGAAGGUGUCACACAGGAUAUGAAGGUUUCUGCCUCCGGGCUGGUGGUUUUGUAACCGAGUUGAACUGUUGCCAUGAUAUGUUUUUAAUGACAGGAAAACGAGGCUGGCGUUUUUAUAUUGAACUAAGCUCUUUUUUCUAGGUAGGUUCUUGACUGUUAACUGUCAUUGGUAUUCUGAGAGUCUUUUCAAUGAACAAAAAUUAUGAUGCUAAAAAAAAUAUACCAUAUGAUCAAAUGGAAGCAAUACGACAUCUCAGUAUUGUUCAUGUCCCAAACAGAACCAGCACUGCAUAGCAAAGCCAGUGUGGCUGUAUACUGUUGGGAUGUGCUUUGCUGUUACAGCCAUAUUGCUCUGCACUGUGAUAUCACCUAGGCAGCUGAAAGGGUUAGACCAAACUCUUCUGCUCUUCAGGACCAAUAGAAGCUUUAUCUGAAGGAGGCCUCUCUCUCAAUCUCACUCUCUUUCUCUCUCUUUCUUUCUUUCUUUCUCUCUCUCUUCUUCCUGCCUGUGUUCUCUCUCCCUCUGUUCUCUCUGUGUUGCUGCUUUUAGGAUCCAGUUCUCAGGAUUUAGUGGCAGAUUCCAAACGACCAUAACAUUCCAAUGUGUCUGUGUUCUGUCCUCGUCCUGCCUGUUCUGCCUCAUUGGUGGAGUUCAGAUCAGGCAGCAGACAGACAUGGAGAGAAAUGAGCUGGAAUAUCAGGUCCGAGAUUUGACCGAUAGCAUAGUUAGUCUGUGUAAUGGAGAAGGAUUGAAUGAGGAGAUUUGAAUUGUUGUUUUUUUUAUUCCACAAUUGGCAUUUAGCACUGUACUAUUUCUAAAAUAUGUGCAGCUCAAGCCUACUGUACGCUUUCCAAAUGUCACAUAGUGCCUGAAUUACUCUCAAUGUUAUGUGUUACCAUAUGCAAGAGUAUAUUAAUUGUUUCAUACUGUACAUUGUCUUACUAUUGACUUAACCAUUGAACAAACAGACCCCUAACACGUUGUUUCAAAGUGUCUGCGUUGCAUGGAUCUGCACAGGGUCCGCUGAAGCUUCAGUCAGUUCUUGUUUUCCGCACAAAGGCAGAGCCAGCUGACCAGAGAGGAAAAUACUGACCCCCCUAUUUGACCUCUGACCUGUCGGUCCACAUAGCUUUCCUUCAAACAGGUUGCGAUGCAUCACUCCCUCUCUCUCUCCCUCUCUCUCUCUCUCUCCCUCUCUGUCUCUCUCUCUCCCUCUCUGUUUCUC